AUUUACAUUGGCGUUUUGUGGGCGCCUAACGGUAUAAAUACUACAGUCGAUAUUGAGAACGGUAUCAGUUCUUUAACGCUCUCAGUCAAUACAGACCUCCAAACAACAAACAAAAAACUUUUAAAAUGUUCAAGUUGGUGGUAUUGUCUGCUCUCCUGGCCGUAGCUGCUGCUCGCCCCAGUCUCAUCGAAUCCCAUCCAGUGUUGGCUUCCGUUGCGGUGCAAGAGCCGGUGCUCGCCAAAGUGGGCUCUGUGGUGCAGAGCAUCCCUACUGCUGUCUCCCACCAGAGCUCCACCAUCGUGCACAGCUCGGCGCAUGCAGUUCAGGAUAUUGUUGCGCCUGCUGUGAGGACUAGCGUGGUGUCCGCCCCCGCGGUGGUAGAGACUAUUGCUGCCGCUCCUGUUCUGCACUCAGCUGCCGUGCAUCAUGUUGCCGCUGCUCCAUUGUUGCACCACGCUUCAGUUGCUCACAUCUCUGCACCGCUGACUCAUUUGCAUGCUGCAUCCCCACUCACCCUCGCCGCCACCAGUUUGUGGUAAACGCAUUGAGAUAAGGACGAUUUAGUUGGACUGCCUUCUUCUUUAGUAAAAUUUAAAUUUUUUUCGUUUCAUUUUAAUUUUUAUUUCCUGAUUGUUAUAAUUUUAUUUCGAACUAGUUAUUUAUUGGAGAACUCUUGAAAUUUUAAACGAAUAAAUGUGAUUGGAAUGUUUCAAAAAUAA